ACAGACAUGAAGAACGUUAACAUGUUAUUUUGAAAGAGCUUCGUAAAUUCAUGGUACUACGACAUGAUCUAGUAAAAGGGUCAAAAUAUUGUUAAGAAAUAUCAGGAAAUGACUUUGUUUCUACUGCCAACAUUAUUGAUAUUUCAAGGAGUUAUUUUAAUUCAAGGUAAGAAGGCGUUUUAAAAUGAAAUUCUAAAAAGGACUUGUCAUGCCGAAGAACUGCGGGUUGAGGUGUUAAUGGAAUGUCACGUGAACAUCGUCCGGAUAAACAUUGUGUCAAGACUGUCUCAGAACAGCUUGGCAGAAUGCUACAAUAAUAGUGGAAAUAUAAAUUGCUUCAAUGGAAACAAUGUGAAAAGUUUCUAUAACGGCAGCAGUGGACUUUUGGUAUUUAUUACAGAGUUUAAUCACACACAUCACGCAGGCUAUAGACUGUGGGUUAACGCUACAUGUCAUAAUCAAAAUAAUACGAAGGAGAACGUCCUACUAAAACCAUGUGUUAGUGGUUUUAGGACAUCGGCCUACCAUAAUGGUUCUCAUGUUACAAUUACAUGUGAGCAUGACUCGUUCAAGAUGUCGGAAAAGGGUAUACGGAUUGUAGAUAAACAAGACUUGGCACAUUGCUGGUGGAACAUAGUUAAUCUAACCAACCACUGUUUCGGAGAGGCUGAAGCUUUAGAGAACGGCUUACAGUUAACAAGGCCAUACACAGCAGAAAUGAACAUCAGUUGUAAAUUCGACGAACAAUCCACAAACAUUAAGGCUGAAGAGCUGACAUCAACGACAGCUACAACAUUGACAGUAACCCAUCCUACAAAUACAAUGACAACGUAUGACACGACAAGUUCCACUACUCCUAUACCAACAUCGCCAAAGCAAACAACCACAAGAGCGACAACUCGUAGAAGGACAACUGCAUCUUCGUCCUACGUCUACGCCGGGAGCGGCAAGACGAAUCAGAUAUCCACGACGCCUUUUGUGUUUACUGUAUUCAUUUAUUGCGACACAUUCCGUUGAGAAAAGAGGGAAAUGAAUAAAGAUAAUGAUUACUUGUGUUGGUGCCAUUACAAUGCAGCAGGUCAGGAAUUCGCGCCGUUCCAAGCAUCUAUAAACGUUUAUCAGGAAAAAAAUAACCAAAAUUAAAAGCCAACUAUUUCCAAUUUGAAUUAAUGUAUAAAUUUACAAAUGCCUAUCAUAUACUCAAGAAAAGUACGUGAUUGUUCAAAAAUUUUAUAUGUUCUACUUAUUAUGUUAAAUGUUCGUUUACGUGUUCGAUAUGUUGUAUAUAGUCAACAGCUAUUUGAAGAAAUUUUUGCAGAGGUUUUAAAGCUAAAAUGAAUGAGAUAGGUGCUACUUGUUCUACUAUGCAAAAGGAAUAUUUGUCAUGUACGUGUUUUUAACGUAUAUCAUAAAAAUGAAAACCCAGCGAAAAACAGAAAAAAAACUUCUUUGAAGCGUAGAAGUUUUGCCACGAAUAGCUUGAUGAAAAAAAAAUGAAUGGUUCCUCCUUCUUUUCAGUGGAUUUGUUAUAUUAUAAAAACAGAAUUUUGUCCAUAAUUAUUUAUGUUUUGAUGACGUUUCACAUAUUUUUUAGAAUAUUAAUUUCAAGAUUUCGAUGUUGUUUUUCUUGCUUGUUAUUUAUUGCUUUUUUUGUU